CCGACAACACUUUUGACCUUUCCCCCUCUUCGCUUGUGUUACUUUGUUAGGUAAACAAAACCAAUUUGUGUUGAUUUUUGUCAUCACACUAACUUUUUCCACGAUGUUGGCGAGCAGAAGAAUUUUGUCGCCAGGUUGAAGGGGGUAAAAAAAAAAAGAAAGUCGCCUGAGUGUUGGACUUCUCUGCAUGGAUGUUCCUAUGCGGGCGAAGGCGGGCAUUGCCCUGUUCUGGGACCACCUUGGUGGAUAUUUUGAAUACAAACAAGUCUCAUUUUUUUCUUUAUUCGUUUUUUCCACCUAACGCGAUGGCAAUAGCGGUACCGGUUCGCGUCUGAAAAACUGAAAACUUGAAUUAGAACACUUCAUUUCGUGUUUUCUGUUUGAAGGUAAGGACAAUGUAAAUAUUGUGGGACGUUUCAAUUGUGUGCGAUUGGAUUUAAUGCGGACCCUGUUUCGAAUAAGUGGAUGGUCAUUUUGUUCCAUAUCUCCUUCCUGUAACUCAUCCAGACAUCUUUAAAGGAUUGAAUAACUGUUCUGACUUUUCGUCGUGCUUUUAUCUCUAAUGUUUCUUGUUGACGUUAAAAGACGAUGGAGAUAUUUAUUUUCUGAUACGUUUCAAAGUUAGAAGCUGGCGAUAUCAUAUUGGAAGUCAAUGAUAAGAACGUCGUCUCUUUGACUACCAAAGAAGUGCUCAAGUGCCUGAGGUUAUCCAACGAUGUAGUCAAACUGAAAGUGAAAAAAGACGCAACGAUAAAAGAGCGGGUCCACAAUCACAUGGCGGCAUCGAGUGAACUGGAAGCACUAAGAUCAUAUGUGAAAGAAAACUCCUCAAGUAACGGUCACAUCGAUACACAACACAAAUCCGAUAAAUUCGAAUCCAAUGGUGAUGUCCGAGAAAAUGGCGAAAACAUACCUCCAUCCCCAACGCACCACAUUAAGCCCCACACAAGGCAGUCCGAUAAACCAAAGUUUGAGACAUUUAUGAUGACUGGAGAGCUUAUCAUAAAAACCAAAAGCAGCAACACUGGUUUCAUUUCACCCAAAAAUAAUUUCAAGCAGCACGAAGAUAAUAAACCAACUUCUGUUUCUUCGGUUAAUUCCAAUUUUAAUAAAGGUGAGAAUGACGUGAAGAGUCGUGGAAAGGCCACAAAGCGAGAAGCAUCCGAUUCUCACAGUCCAGUAGCAGAAAAGAAAGGCAGCUUGAGCUAUGGUGGAAACUUUGUAAGGACUUCCCGUAGUGAAGAUUACCUCCAGAAAAAUACUGUUUCAGCUGUGAAUAUCGAAGUUGAAGAAGAGAUAGCCACUUCCCUUAAUAACUUAUUAGACACUAACAGAGACAAUCUUUCAUCCGAUCGUACUGGGAGGUCAAGCAGCUCUCCAAUUAGUGAAUCUGAGACAAAUUCUCAGACUAGUCCGACGGAACUCAGUGACUCCUCUGAAAGCUAUUUAAGAAACACUGUGAACGAUAUUAGGACUGGACAGUUCAUACACAUUCCUAACUCUAGCAACUUUGAACAAAGCUCAGAUGAAAAACUAGUCAGUGAUCAUACAAAUAACAUGAUUACAACGUCUAACAGACAAAGGUACGCGCCGCGUACCAUCCAACCCAAACAAGAUGGUGUCACUAACAUUAUGAUUGAUGAAAAUAAAAUUUAUGUUAAAGUUUUACCUGACCAAACGCCUUCUGAUGAAAAUACCAUAUCCUCUUCUAUUAAUAAUAAACUACAGUGCAAUGCUAGUGGUGAAUCGCCAAAGAACUUGAAGAAUGCUGAAAAUGACGUGAAACACGAUGAAUAUUCAGGUGGUAGUGAGGAAGUUAAAAGGUGUUAUUCUCCUGAGGAUGAAUCGGAUGUUGAAAGUUUAAGUAGUUUUCACUAUAGUCCAAAAGCUGUGGACAUGCCAUCAGCAAGCAGGCUUGCUAAAAGACUUUUUAACUUAGAAGGUUUUAAAAAAUCAGAUGUGUCGAGACAUUUAUGUAAAAAUAAUGAUUUUAGCAGAGUGGUAGCUGAAGAAUAUUUGAAAUUCUUUGAUUUCAAUGGAGAAACUUUGGAUGUGGCUUUAAGAAAAUUUUUAAAACAAUUCUGCCUUAUUGGAGAGACACAAGAACGGGAGCGAGUUCUUGUUCAUUUUUCUAAGAGAUAUCUGGACUGCAACGAGGGAGCUUUUAAGUCACAAGAUGCUGUGCAUACCCUUACUUGUGCCCUAAUGCUCCUAAAUACCGAUUUACAUGGAGACAAUGUUGGUCGCCGGAUGACAUGUGCUGAAUUUAUUGAGAAUUUGUCAGAACUAAAUGAAGGUGAAAACUUCUCGAAAGAAGUUUUAAAAGCCUUGUAUCACUCCAUCAAAACAACUCCAUUAGAAUGGGCUGUGGAUGAUGAGGAAGAGGCACCCCCUGAAGAGCACCCACCUAAUCAGCCAGAACAAAGACAAAGUUUUAUUGGUCAUAAUCCUUUCCUAGAGGUGCCAAAUCCUAACUUUGCUACUGAAUAUAAAAAGGGAUAUGUGAUGAGAAAAUGUUGUAUCGAUCCUAAUGGGAAGAAAACUCCUAUUGGAAAACGAGGAUGGAAAAUGUUUUAUGCUGAUUUACGAGAUCUCGUGCUUUAUUUGCACAAAGAUGAGAAUGGCUUUAGGAAAAAUCAGUUGUAUGAUAGCCUUCAUAAUUCCAUUCGAAUCCAUCAUGCAUUGGCAACGAGAGCCACUGACUAUACAAAGAAACAACAUGUGUUCCGCCUCCAGACUGCAGACCAAGCUGUAUAUCUUUUCCAAACAAGGUACUCAAAGGAUGCUAAACAAGAUGAUUCAAAGGAACUGCAGAGUUGGAUUGACACUAUAAACUAUGUGGCUGCUUGUUUCUCUGCUCCAUCAUUAGCUCCUGCAGUAGGAGCACAAAAGAAAUUCCAGAGACCUCUUUUACCUGUAGCUCCAACAAAAUUAAAUUUUCGAGAGCAGCUGCUUGAAUUAGAAAGUAGGGUUCUGAAACUAGAAAAAGAACUUGAAGAACAUUUAUCGCAUCCUCCUGACAAAAGUGCCAAAUCUCGAGUUGUGAAUGAAUAUGUUGAAAAAGAAAAUUAUUUACAAUAUGAAUUAAAACGAUAUAGGACAUAUUCCUAUCUUCUACGCUCAAAGGCUGCACAAUUCUCUGAUCUGGAAGCACCUUUAGUUGAGUCCUCAAUCGGAGAAGUGGACGAAUUAUUAGAAAAAAAUGACCAGACCCAUGCACCUCCUUCAGAAAGUUCCAACCCUGUUAAGCGCAGCUUGUCUGAUCGCUUCAGUUACAGAGCCGCCAUUUACAAAACAGGUCCAACUGAUGAUGGUGCAUAAUGACCAAAGCAAGCUAUUCUAUCUCUCCCUCUCUUGCAGUCUACCUGGUGCUCUUUGCCAAACUUUCAGGCCAAAAACUCUGUCUACUGCAUCUGCUGAACUGAAUCUGUAGCGAACAGUGUUGGAGUUUUAUCAUUUGCUCUACAGACUGAAAUGCAAAAUAUUCAGUUUUCAUGAUGCACUUUGAAUAAAUUCAAAGACUUGAAGGGAGACUGAAUCAAAUGUUUUUAUAUAGGAAGAAUCUGUUUAUUUUCUUUCAUUAAAUUAAAAAUUGUAUUUCAUUGAUAUUUUUAAAAUUGUUUUCUUACUGUUGUAGUGUGAUGCUUUAUAAAGUAGAUGAAUUCAUUUAUUCAGUUUAAUGCUGUUCUGUUUUCCAGAUUUGUGAUUCAAUCCAAAUGACUCAUAAAGAUAAUAUAUUACAUAAAAAAUGUUAUGGAUUAUUUUUAUUAUUAAUUAAUUGACCGAUAUUAUUAUUUGAAAGUCUUAAAGAAUAAAUUAUUGCUAUUAUAAUUAAAUUUUUGUAUUUAAUUUUUUGGAAUUGUAUGUAGAAUUAUUUAUUUUGAAACUAAUAUCCUACUUGCCAACCAGGUAUAAAUUACUUAGGAUCCAUUUUAUUAAAAUUGAUUUAUUUUUCAUUCAAUCUUUACAAUUUAAUGACUAUAAAGUUAUUGAAUAGCCUAAAGACUAUGCUUACUGAUGUGAUGAUGCAUUGCAAAACUGCUUGUUUUUGUACUCUUUUUGUAGGGGUAUCAUGCUGAAAUUUUUUCUGAUCCUUCACUAACAGAGCAUUUAGUGCAUCAAUUUCAAUAGUCAUUUGUGAAGUAGACUGACUGCUAUUUUUGUACUGAAUCAUCUUAAAGAAAUUUCCUUCAAACUAGGAGGCACCUUAUGAAGGGUUCCUUCCUUGUGCUUUAGAUUUCUCUAAAAGCAUGAAACAGUUUUUUUAAAAAGUAAUUUUUAGUACUUCUGUAAUUUGUUUUCUGAAUAUAUAUUCGCUUUUUAUGUAGUACAUUAAAAAACGAUAUUUGCUUUUUAUUACACAGAUUAUUGAUUUUUUAAAUAAUGGUUGUCUUUAAAAAAAUGUUUUAUUUUUCUUUAAGCUUUUAAAAUAAUCGUUAAUCAUAUGUUUAGAAAUUUUACCAUUAUUGUAUAAAUAAAUAAUAAUUAAACUGAAUAAGUUUUUUAAAAAUAUUUAUUGAUUUUUUUAAUCAAAGAAAUUGUCGAUUUUUCUCAGUUUUAUUUAUAAUAAUUAUAUGUUGCAAAAUUUUUGACU